AUGUCAAAGCUUCUCCCCCUUCUGGAUCGUGCCUUUAAGGCCCACAAGGACGAAGAAUACAAGGCGAACAAUGCUCGCUUCCAGUUAGGGAUUGCACAACACACAGCUGUCAACGCACUGGUUGUCGCUCGGAAGCCUCUUCACGUGCCUGUUCGUAACCCUCCUCCCGUCCCUACUGCUAAGGACUCCCCAGUUCAUAAACGUUCCCUACUCGUUCCCGCGUCCUUGAGCGCAACUAAAUGGGUUUCUUUCCAUUGGAACAGGAGGGAUUGUCGCCCGAGUCCUGAGAAGUGUUACGCGGAGGCUCUGGACGAAGGUGCGGAGAAGUCCCUCAACGUUGUCAAGGAGCACCAUGUGGAACCACACUGCUUUUAUCUGGAGAGUGGGACACUCGUUGUUCGCAACUCCAUGGAGGACGACAUUGUUAAGCGCUAUGUUGGCCGACCUGCACUGGAGACCGCGUUGACUGAGCCUAUUGCCCGCGCCACGAAGGACUCUCAAAUGACUUACGUUCGUCGGCCUGUACUGCGCACUGCCCAGACUGUGCCGUGUCUACCCACAUGA